ACUCAGUCCCUGUUGGUUUUUUUUGUUUAGUAACAACUACAGAGCCCCUUGAGUUUACCAAAACCCUGCUCACUCAUAUUUGAAAACUAGCUGAGUUUACCAAAACCCUGAUACUAGCAGAAGUCUUGAACUCCUUUAGAAGCACACCUUUGCACUUGGCUUCUGCUGGGGGGCAAGGGGAUCGUCCAGGCUUUGCUCUUUGCAUAUCCUGACGCGUGCGUGCUUGUGUCCUGAUGAGAAGGGAAGAAUCCCUCUUCACUAUGCUGCCAUGAGAGGAAUAUAUCUGUAUGUGUGUAUAUAGUUGUCUCUGUUUUUUUUUUUCACCUUACGAUUACAGUUUUCCUUUUAUGACAUGUUUACUUACAGAAAAUGAGUUGAGAUAGGUAUUGAAAUUAUUUUUAGAGUGCUUGAAAUUUCUGUCUCAACUGGUGAGAGACUAAGGUGAGUUCCUCAACUCAAAAGCCGGCUCUGAUGCUGCUAUGACCAUCCUGCAGUUAGCUUUGAUGCUAGGGCAAAUUCAGGUAUGAAUAUACAUGUAUCUGUAUGUGGGUAUAUAGUUGUCUUAUGUUUUUUUUUUUUUGCAACUUACGAUUACAGUUUUCUUUUUAUGACAUGUUUACUUACAGAAAAUGAGUUAAGACAGGUAUUGAAAUUAUUUUUAUUCCAUACUUGCCCUGCACUUGCCACCAUAUGAGUACUGGAAUUAUUAUGAUUCCUAAAUUCUCAUGCAUUUACUAACACCUACCGUUAGUUUUAGUUUUCAAUAUUUAGUUUUGUUUAUUUUCAAUCUUUAGAAGACAAUACAUAUCUGUCCCGUUUACCUGGUCACCAAUGACCAGGGAAGAGCGUGAUCACCUACCGUUAGAUUAGAUCUAAUGGUGCAUAUUGAUCCAAAUAUAGUAAUACCGAAAAUAAGUAAAUCUGAUCCCACCCACCUUGCUCCCACUCCAGAAACAAGUAACUACAUGUUUUAACUUAUACUAGAUUCAAAUUAAUCUUUCAUAUAUUUAGACUAUCAAUAAUUUUUUUUGGUAUAUUACAUGUAUUCAGUAAUGGAAUUAAUAUCAAACUCUGAUCCAUUUUGAACAAUAAUCAUUUAGCUAACUUCAAAAGGAAAAAAAAUAUAGUUAACUUAUUCUCUAAUCCGAAUGUAUGCACGUUAUACUAUAUAUAUGACUUUGUUCUAGACGGAUGUACAGUUGCUGGGUUUAGUUUUUCCUUUUCUCUUCCUUUUUUCUAGGUUCUAACGUGUUAUAAGAUUGAGAAAGGGUAGGUGUGGGUAGUGACGGUAGAGAAGGGAAUGGUGGGGAUGAAGAAACCAUGGCUAUCCUGCCAUGGCACAGGGUGAAGGAAGACGAUGAAGAAAUAAAGGGUGUCUUUUUGUCUUUUUCGACUUUUGAAUAAAAUGUUAAAAAAAAACUUUUGAAUAAAAUGAUUUAAUAAACUAAAAGAGGAGAGAAAUAAUUCACACAAUUAAAUAUAUUUGUGUUUCCAAUGAAGUAAUCAAAGAAAUACAUUACUCUUAAAUGCUGAAUGAUUUUCAAUCUUUAGAUGAUUAUUUAUCCAAAGAUUCAAAAUGCGCGUUCUGUUUCUUUUGUUUGCUUCUUAUAUCACCUGUUGCCUUCUUCCAUUAUUUCCUCCGUUGCCCACGUGAUGGGUGUUUUGCCUGCAACUCAAUAUUCCAUUUUCUUAUUACUAUUUUUUAUGGUUUCUUUUCCCACCACUUGCUGCUCUAUCUCCUGUGUGGUUUUGCUUUGUGUUGAGAAUCUUUUGCUUCUGUGAUUUGUUAGCAUCUACUACCCUACAUAUUCAAUACUCAUCACUCUCUCUCUGUAUUUCUCCGACGUUCUCCCUUUGUCAUUAUUCUCACCUUUUUCGGUUCUAGCACCUCCCUCACUGUCUUCCACUUGUUUCCUUCAAUCGGGCUGACAGAAUUCGAAAUGAAACCCCCCCAUUAGUCCGGUUUACCUGGAACUAUCCAAUACUUAACCCUCUCUCUUUGUCUGUUUCCUUACCGACUCUCUCCCUCCCUCUGUCAUUAUUCUCUCCUUUCUCGGUUCAAGCACCUCCCUCACUGUCUUCCACUAGUUUCCUUCAAUCUGGCUGACAAAAUUCAAAAUGAAACCCCCCGCAUUAGUACAAUGAACCUGGUCACCAUUGAAACCCCGCCAUCUAGUAGCCUAUCCUGGUAUAAAAAAAAUUAUAAAAUAAAAAGACGCCCAUUGAUCACGACUGUAUAAGAGAAUCUCCCUUGGAGACUAGUGGAAGACAGUGAUUUGAUUUUAUAUGAGCAAAUUAGAGAGAGAGAGAGAGAGAGAGAGAGAGAGAGAGAGAGAGAGCAUGGAUAUCAAGAGACUUGGUGAAGAUGAAGUGAAUGAGGCAGCAGUACUGACCAAUGGUGAGUUCCGCUACUCAAAUGAUGGCUCUGAUGCUCGUAUGACUAUCCUGCCGUCAGCUUUGAUGGGAGGGCAAAUUCAGCGCUCAGGAAUAAUCAGUGUAUCAGAAAUUAAUAAUGAACAUGAUCACGUCCCUCCUCCUCCUCCUCCUCCAGCUGAACCAUCACCAAAUCCAAGUGCAGAGGGGUGGAGGAAGAAAUUGAUGGAACCAUCACCAAAUCCAAGUGUAGAGGGGUGGAGGAAGAAAUUCAUGGAAUGCGUGAAAUAUCCCAACAAAUGGUUGGAAGAGGAUCGUGGCCUUCUGAUGGUUGUGGCAACCAUGAUCUCAACCAUGACUUUCCAAGCUGUGGCUAACCCACCAGGUGGUGUUUGGCAAGAAAAUAACACGAACACUUCCAUUCUCCUUAAAGAUGGAUCCAACUACACAGUUUGCAGCGAAGAAUAUUUGUGUGUAGCUGGAACUGCAGUGUUAGGCCACGUCUUUCCAACUGAGUUCCUCCGCUUCAUAAAGUUCAACACCAUCUCGUUCCUUGCUUCUCUGAGCGUCAUCCUGUUGCUAGUUAGCGGCUGUCCUCUCCGUAAUCGGAUAUGUAUGUGGCUCUUGUCAAUGGCCUUGUGCGUCACCCUCACAUUCAUGGCGCUUACUUACCUACAGGUUCUGUUGUUGGUGGUGGUCCCUUUCGGCGACCUUAACAAAUCAUCUGAUAAAAUGUACAAAAUAUGCUUUGAGCUUUGGAUUGGGUUGCUGGUGAUGGUCAGUGUGAUGAUCACUAUUCGCUUUCUGAUCUGGGUGGUGAAGAAGUCGCGGCCCGCCUACUCAGGUCUCCAGAAAAUCAUCAGUAAUCGCUCCUUUUGUCGUAAUGUUUAAAUAGAUUGUGAUUUCAUGUGUUGGAUUUUCUUAUGAACUUUGCAAAUAUGCAGAUUGUGAUUGAGAUUACUCUCACAAUCUGUAGGUCUCCAGAAAAUCAUAAGUAAUCGCUCCUUUUGUCGUAAUGUUUAAAUAGAUUGUGAUUUCAUGUGUUGGAUUUUCUUUUGAACUUUGCAAAUAUGCAGAUUGUGAUUGAGAUUACUCUCACAAUCUGUUAUAGUCUGUAAUAAUGAUUGGAUUAUUUGGACGUGUGGUGGAUGAUGAAUGAUGAUUUUCUUAGGUUUUAAGGA